ACUGGUUUUAUACAGCAGCAAUAGCCAAAGAUCAAUCUGCGCGUUCAGUCCGAAUAAACUACUGCGUCGGUCAACAUGCGUAUGCUCACGAAGCCCUUUCCGUUUGGCUGCUUGCUGUUGGUGGUGCUGCUGCUGCUGCCGUUGCUUGGAACCGUCUUUUCUGCGCCACACCCUGGAGGUGAUUUUGUCUUUCCCGAGCUGAACGAACUUGCCAUUGGAGAUGCGUGUACGAUAGAAGCAUCACCGGAUCCGAAAGGAUUUCCCUACGCAAGGGAAGGAAUCUGCCAGCGGGUGCGCGACUGCGCAACGUUUGUGCCGCGCAUCAUCCGGGAACCGUUUGAUAUCCGGCGCGACGUUUGUUACUUUGAGGUGCACGAGCCGGUUGUGUGUUGUGUCGGUAUGCCUGUUUCAACGGAGGUGGUGCAGUACGACCGAAUACCGCUAUCCCUAGAAGAUCUGGACAGUUCCAAUCUUAUUCAUUAAUAAGGAACAGUACGAUUUCCUGCAAAAAUAGCAAAGAGGGAAAAAAAUUGUAAAACUAAUUACUAAACGUUUUAAUACAUUAUUAAAAAUAGUAAAUGAAAGAAUUAUUAUGAACCAUGGCAAUAACGAACCUUUCAAAAUAAACGCCUUAUGACACUUUUUUGUGGGCCUUGGCGGAUUGUUUUUUUAAAUAUGUUUAUUACAUAAACUUCUCGUUGAUUUCUUGUUAAAAUUGCAUUUUUAUUUUUUAUAGUCUAAACCACGUCCAUCAUGACAGUGCAGCAUUCGUGAUGAUUGAAACAUUAAAACAAUACAAG